AUGCAACGCAUUGCUGACUGUAGCAGCUCAGAUGGCAUAGAUAUUGUUGGGUUCUGUAGGCAGGCGGUUGUAAUGGAUAGGGAGCGCGCGCGUGCGGACGAGAGGCGUGAGGGCCACGAAAGAUGUACAGCAAUGCGGGGAGCGGCCCGAAAGAAAUGUGCUGAAAGAAAGCUGUUGACGGUAAAGAACAGAAGAAAAAGAAGUUCACGACAGAUGGCACAACAAUCUGAACUACUCGAUAGCUUGGUUGGGGAGAACGACUCUCGAUCGGAGAUCUUUCGGAAAUUGCUGAAACAUGAACAACGCGAAACACCGCCACGUUUGUCGCCAGCCGUCGAUGGUCUCUCGAAUGAUUCUAGUGUUUCUACAGAUAACAGUAACAGCAAUGAUGAAGAUACUGGGAAACCAUGUGUAUUACUUCCGAAAAGUAGCGAUGACAAUCAGGGAUCACUGUUGGAUAGAAAGGAUGAAAUUCAGCGGCUGCUUUCGAAAACCACCAAGCAAGAAAUGCCACAGCUCGACAAUGAAUGUCAGAAUGCUGCAUGUGGGCAAGACAAUGGUACUGAUCCUGAAUCGGCAGCAACAUCGUCAGUUCAUUCAGAUGAUACGCCACCCCGUUUAACUGCUGCCCAAGUUAGCUCGUCAUUUUCAUCAAGUUUAAUGGAUGGCGAAGAAAGCCGUGGAGAAUACUGUGACGAUAAUGCGUCACCUCCACCUCUUGACAAGUACGCAUCUGCUACAUCGUCACCAAUAGUUCCUGGAUCCAAAGCAAGAGAUUCAACAGUAUGGACUUUACGCCUCAGGCGACGUCCAUUUCAUACAUCUCUGCUGAGUGCUGCUUCUGAGGCUGGUCCUUCGGUGAAUAAGAAAAGUUGCUCAGAAACGGAUUGGGCGAAUAGAUUGGCGGAAGUACUCAGAGAGUUGCAUCCCAGUCAGCUAGUGCUAGCGAAGGAAACCAUCCAUUCAACGGUUGUCAAAAUUUUGGCUCAAGAAAUAGCAUCUGAUAUAUCAUGUCUUAUGAAUCUGAUUGAAAACCACGAUCGCCGCGCUGCUGCUUUCGAAAGAGUUCUUAAGGAUUUGAAGAAAUUUAAAGCUGAUUACACUUAUGAUUCCACUCUGUAA